UGCACUUCAAAAUAUAAAGGACUACUUUAAAAAUGAAUGUCAGCUGCAUAUGGUUGGCCUGGAACAUGAAAGACCAUCGGAGUUUUAUCUCAGUGCUUGGCAGUCAACAAGAUCUUCAACUCCACUCCUGGUUUGGAGAGCUCUGCUGUUUCUGGCGUCACUGGGAAUCGUUUUAACAUCAUUUAUCAUGUAUAUCUUAAGCCCUAUACCUAUUGGGUUUUGGUUUAUUUACCUCACACAUUGGGGUUUGACAAUAAUGCUCUUUUGUACUGGAUUCGCGGUUGCCGUCUCAAUGAGGUGCUAUUUCUACGGACCAAUAAGCACUGAGUUUUCUCUGCCCUGGUAUGUGAAAACUUACUGGGUUCUGUACAAUGCAUCCGUACCUGUAGCAUUCCUGAUAACAGUCUUCUAUUGGACUCUACUUUAUUCAGCCGGGGUGUCUGAGGAGAUAGGUCCUGUGCUGGACGUGUCCAUCCACGGCGUCAACUCCGUCAUAAUGUUUCUGCUGCUCGCUAGCUCUGCGCACGCAUCUCGCCUCGUACAUCUCGUUCAUCCCGCUAUCUUUGCCUGCACCUACGUUGUCUUUAGCAUCAUCUACUAUUUCGCUGGCGGUACGGAUCCACAAGGCAACCCGUACGUGUAUCCCAUGGUGAACUGGGCCCAGCCGGGCUCAACGAUGGUAGUUAUCUCAGUGACUGCCCUGCUACUAGUAUGUCUUCAUUUCGUCACCGUGGGUCUGGCUGCUGGUCGCAACGCCCUCGCCAACCGGAUCCUGCGACCCUCCGUCACAGUGCACGUUGAUGAGGACAUCGCGCUGAGGAAUCAGACACAAUCAGCGGUUCCUUAAAAUUGCAUAUAUCAUCAUCAUCAUCAGCGCAAAGAUGUCCACUGCUGGAUAUAGGCCUCCUCCACACUUCCACUCCCACCAAUCUUUCGCGGUAACCAGUCCAUCUUGUGGAGUUCGUGCCUUACUUCGUAGUCCUACCCGUGGUCACCUCUGCAAAAUCUUUAGUGCCCACCGAUUAUCGGGUCUGUAUGUGAUAUGGCGUCUUCACCACUUGGCCACUUCAACUUUUUAAUUAUUUGCACAAAGUCCAAUAUGAGUUAUUCCUUAAUACGGAAUUAAACUCACGACUUUGAGCUUCCGUAGUAUUUAUUAUAAGUAUAAAAAAGUAGAACCAUUUAAUAUUUAUUUUUUUUUUUAUUUGAGAAAAGGUUAGGUUAAUAAUUAAAUUUCUAGUAUAAUAAUAUGAUAAUGUAAAUGAAAUGAAUGAAUGUAAAGUAAGAUCAUUUGAUAAUUAAAUCUUUUGCUGAU